CUAGAGUGGGUUGCCGUUUCUUUCUCCAGGGGAUCUUCCCAACCCAGGGACCGAACCCACGUCUCCUGCAUUGCAGGCAGAUUCUUUACCACUGAGUCACCUGGGAAGCCUGGUGUAAGGUUAGGGUUACAUUAAUCUCUUUGCAUAUGUAUGUCCAAUAGUCCUGCCACUUUUCAUUGAAAAGAUAAUCCUUUCCAAAUUAAACUGUCUUGGUACUUUUUAAAGAAAAUCAAUUAACCAUAAAUUUAUGGGUUUUUAAACUUUUUGUCCUUAUUCCUCUACUUUCUUUACCCUGUUUACUUUUCAGCAGUUUGAUUAUGAUUGUGCUGUGUCUGGGCAUGAGUUCUUUGUUAUUUCAAAUUCUAAAUUUCUUACCUAUUCCAAAUUUUGCUUUGUAGUUUUCACUGUUGUCAUGUACUCUAUGUAGUCUCUCUAGUUUUGUAGCUAUAUUCAGUGGGAGAGGCAAGGUGAAGUACGCUUACUUAAUCUUACCUGGAGAGAGAAUUCCUAAUGGCUAAUAAUUUUGAGGGCUUAUUUGUGCUAGUCCUUAUGCUUAGCAUUUUGCACAUUAACUCAUUUAAACCUUACAGUAGCCCUAUAAGAUAGUAUCUAUAUUACAGAUAAUGAAAUAGAACUUCUGAAAGAAUGAAUUUCUCAAGGUCAGUUAUUAAAUAACCAGGCUAGAACUUAAAUCUAGGUCUGUUUUUAAUAUGAAAGUCUGUGCUCUUGAUCAUGGCAUUUGUAUACAUGAUUUUAAAAGAUUUUUUGUUUUUUUUUUAAGUGUGAUUUUACUGUAUCUUGAGAUAACACUGUGUGUAUUUAUGUUUAAGUAAUACAUAUCCCAUUUUCUAACCUUAAAUCAGUGGGAAAACAACAUAUAGUCUCCCUAGAAAUAUACUUCUUCUGAAAUCUUAAACUCCAUACUGCUCCAUAACCUUUCUCUUAUCCUUCUGGCUCUCACAACUCUCUUAACAAUCAUUUUACCAUUCUUUCAACCCAGUUAAAAUCUCCAGCUCCUUAAUCUUUUUUUCUUCUCCCAAUCUGUCAUCCCCUUCCUGUUGCCUCUUCCUUCCACAUCUAGCUUAGACUCCAUCAUCCAUUAUUUACCCAAGUUAUUGCCACUGAGUCAUUUUCCUUGCUUCUUUUUUUUUUGUGCAUCAUACCCACCCAGCAAAUCCUCAACCCUGAAUCAAUCCAACUGAUUACUUUCUUUAUUGCUGCAUGAUGGAUUUUGAGCACUACUAAAGAAAAAUAGUAUAACUGUGUUGAUUAGUGCCUCUACAAAUUCGUCAUCUCUGGUAUCAUCUAGAGCCUUCUUUCUUGUUUGGAAAUGUCUCCUAGUCUCUGGUCAGCUCUCUGUUUCAUUCCUUAAAAAUGCUAUUUUAGAUCUUCAUUACUAUUUCCUAUCCUACUGCUAUUUCAUUAUUUUUAGCAGGUAGUCUUCUUUCCUAUUUCAAAGGAAACAAUACCAUCAGUAAGAACCUUCAUCUACUUUCUGCCUGACUCUGCUAAUUUCUGUAUCCUAGCCAUCAUUUUCUUCCAUUUCAAAUCAGUGCUGGGGACAUCCUUCCUGCCAAAGGUUAAUAUUUAUUCCUUUGUGCUAGAUCCUCUCCCUCUUAUCUCCCCAGGGACCUCAGUCAGCUAUUCACAAUAUUACUUCUUUCCUUUCAAGAAUUUCACAUGAUUUGUACCAUUUGCCAGUGUCCAUGGUGUACAUACUCCUACUGUGAACUAUCUUUUAAAAAGUGAUAAAAAAAAUGCCCUUCAGUUGUUUUGCUACUUGAGCAAAUAAUAUGUUUAGAUUCCCUCCCUUCACUGUAUACCAUAACAAGUAGCAAUUGGUUUAAUCAAUGAAAUAUAAAAAUUGAAGCCCAAAAAAGAUAGGGUUAAAGUACAUAUGUUAAUAUUUUUAAUAUCCAAAUGGGAAAAUAUUUUUUCAGUAUUUAAUGAAAAAUUUUAAACCCACAGAAAGGUUGAAAGAAUUUUAUCACAAACACCCAGUGAUGGCUGGCUAGAUUAUAUCAUUAAUAUUUUACUGAUUUAUCACAUGUCUAUCCCUCUAUCCAUCUAUUAAACCAUCUUUUUUUUUAAACCAUCUUACUUUAUUGAUUUAUUUAAAUGGAUCACCAGUGUAAACACAUGUACCCCUAAAUAUGUCAAUAUAUAUAUUGUUAGCUAAAAAUAUAUUUUCUUUUGAUGUAAAAUUUCCAUGCAAUGAAAUGCACAAAACUUAAGUAUUCAUUUGCUGACUUUUGACUUGUAUAUACAUCUUUGUAGUGAUGUGUUGGCAAAUAUUUAGCAGCCAGCUCUCCAGAAAAAAAGAUUCUUAUCUGUAUCAUUUGCCAGUUCAUGAUAUACAUAUUCCUACAAUGGCCAGUUUCAAGGUACCGAUGUGUUAUCACACAAUUAUUGGACCGACCGUGUUCAACAUACCUCCAUCUGUGUGACCUAACACAUAAAAGGUUACCAUCGGAACACCCCUCGCCGGGGCCGGGGCCUGGGUGCCGAGGGACCUGGGCGGCAUCACUGCCCCCCAAAUGGCCGCGGCGGCGGACCCGGCUCCCACGCUGCGGCCCUAGGCGGCCUCUUGCCAUGGCCAAGUGGCUGAACAAGUACUUCAGCUUGGGCAACAGCAAGACCAAGAGUCCCCCGCAACCACCGCGGCCCGACUACCACGAGCAGCGGCGCCAAGGCGAGCGGCCCUCGCAGCCCCCCCAGGCCAUGCCGCAGGCCCCCGCGGCUGCCUCCGCGUCCUUCGGUACAGCCGCCGCCUCCUGCUUCUCGGCCUCGUCGGGAUCGCUGCCCAACGACAGCGGCAGCACGAGCGACCUCAUCCGCGCCUACCGCGCACAGAAGGAGCGCGACUUUGAGGACCCCUACAACGGGCCCAGCUCGUCGCUGCGCAAAUUGCGGGCCAUGUGCCGCCUGGACUACUGCGGCGGCGGGGAGCCGGGUGGGAGCCAGCGCGCCUUUUCCGCCUUAUCCGCGUCGGGCGCCGCGGGCUGCUGCUGUGCCUCCUCCGGCGAGGGCACCGCCGCGUCCUCGUCCUCUGGCUCCCCGCAUCUCUACCGCAGCAGCAGCAGCGAGCGGCGGCCUGCCACCCCGGCCGAAGUGCGCUACAUCUCCCCGAAGCAUCGCCUCAUUAAGGUGGAGAGUGCCGCAGGCUGUGCCGGGGACCCCCCAGGGGCCACCUGCUCCGGCGGCCGUACCUGGAGCCCGAUGGCCUGCGGCGGCAAGAAACUACUCAACAAGUGUGGCGCCUCGGCCACGGAGGAGAGCGGUGCCGGCAAGAAGGACAAGGUGACCAUCGCUGAUGACUACUCGGAUCCCUUUGAUGCCAAGAAUGAUCUCAAAAGCAAAGCAGGAAAGGGAGAGAGCGCAGGCUACAUGGAGCCCUAUGAGGCCCAGAGGAUCCUGACUGAGUUCCAGAAGCAGGAAAGCGUCCGGUCGAAGCACAAAGGCAUCCAGUUGUACGACACCCCUUAUGAACCCAAGGGCCAAAGCGUGGACUCGGACGCAGAGAGCACGGUCAGCCCCCAGCUCCGGGAGAGCAAGCUGCCCCAGGAUGACGACAGGCCCGCCGACGAGUACGAUCAGCCAUGGGAGUGGAACCGGGUCACUAUCCCAGCUCUGGCAGCCCAGUUUAAUGGCAGUGAGAGGCGGCAGUCAUCCCCCUCGCCUUCCCGGGACUGGCAGCACCAGCUUCGAGCUCCCAGAGGUGGCUUCAAGCCCAUCAAACAUGGGGGCCCUGAGUUCUGUGGGAUCCUGGGAGAGAGAGUGGAUCCUGCUGUGCCACUGGAGAAGCAAAUACGGUAUCACGGAGCCAUCAAGGGCGACGCUGAGAACCUGCUGCGCCUCUGUAAGGAGUGCAGCUACCUUGUCCGGAACAGCCAGGCCAGCAGACACGACUACUCCCUCUCCCUGAAGAGCAACCAGGGCUUCAUGCAGAUGAAACUGGCCAAAACCAAAGAGAAAUACGUCCUGGGUCAGAACAGCCCCCCGUUCGACAGUGUCCCAGAGGUCAUCCACUACUACACCACCAGGAAGCUGCCCAUCAAAGGCGCCGAGCACCUGUCCCUCCUCUACCCCGUGGCAGUGCGGACCCUGUGGGCCCCGCCCCGCCCCGCCGGGCCCGGACGGGGAGGAGCCGGCGGCCCCGCCGCCGCUGCCAGCGUGUCCAGUUCAUGUCGUUUGUAUGGUACUAGCACACCACUGCAUGUCUUAGAAUGCUGUCGCCCCUCGCAGGGGGCUGGAGAAGGCCUGGAUAGAGACUGAUGGACAGCCAGUGCGCCGCCCCAGCCCCCACCCCCACCCCCCUCCUUGAGUUUCUGUGAAUUAAAAUAUUUGCAAAUCCAAAAAAAAAAAGGUUACCAUCACUCCCAGAAAGUUUCAUCAUACUUCUUCUCAGUAACUCUUACCCCACUCUCCCAGAGGCAUUUUGAUUUUUUUCCAUUAUAGGUUAGUUUUGCCUCUUACAGAACUUCAGAUAACUGUAACCAUACACUUAUAUUCUUUGUGUAAGAUUCUUUUAACUUAACACAAUGUUAUAAUGUAUAAUGUUUUUGAGAUUCAUUGAUACUGUGUGUAUCAAUAAUUUUGCCUUCUCACUAUAAAACAAAAUUUCUUGGAAGAGUUUUCUAAAAUCACUGUUAGUUUUCUAAUGCUGCCAUAACAAAUAUAGUGGCUUAGAACAACAGAAAUUUAUCCUCUCAUGGUGGCUAGAAGUCUGAAAUCAAGGUGUUGACAAGGCUAGGCUCUUUCCUAAGGUUCUAGAAGAGGAUCCUUCAUCUCUUCUAGCUUCUGGUGAUUGCCAGCAUUCCUUGGUGUUGCAAAAGCAUCAUUGUAGUCUCUGCCUCUGUUAUAAUGUGACAGUCUCCUUGUGUGUCUGUGUUUCUGUGUCUGCACAUGCUUAGUGCUCAGUCACAUCUGACUCUUUGUGACUCCAUGGACUGUAGCCUGUCAGACUCCUCUGUCCAUGGCAUUUCCCAAGCAAAGAAUACUG